AUGAAAACGAACUUUUUUGCAGAAUGUUUGGAUUGGACGCUUAUGGACUUUUUGAACUUUCGUCAGAAAGAAGAGAAUUGGACGGUGGAUAAAGUGAAGGAGUACAACAUGUAUAUUAAGACCCUUGGCAUGCUUACAAGCAGUGGCUCAAGCGAACAUCAAUCUAAAGCAUUUUCUGCUCUAAAAGCAUUUACAGUUAACAUCACAAUGCUUGACAAUUUGAACGAAGAUACCACUGUUCUAGAUGGGCUUGGAAGCAGAUAUCCCAGGUUGACUAUCACGUUAUACCACAUCACAACGCUUGACAAUCUGAACAGUGAUAUAACUGUUCUAGGUCAAGUUGUUGAUGACUAUCAUGAUGAAGCCAGCGGAGAAAAUGUCUUCUAUUUUUGGCAUACCAUCGCCCAAGAAAAGAAAGAGUUAAAGCUAAUGACCCUUGAGAACAAAAAGAUGAUCUUUCAAAAGGAAAAAGACAUGUUGAUUGAACGCACGGCACUUCAACAUGUAUGCCCAUCUGUUAAGCAUGGUGUUGUGCCUUUCUUUUCUUAUGAUUUUCUAAUUAAUGCUACACUUUACUAG